GCUGUUUCCUGUCUACAGUGUCUGUGUAAUGUAGAUAAAUGUGAGGAUUUUCUCUAAAUCCCUCUUCUGUUUGCUAAAUCUCACUGUCACUGCUAAAAUCAGAGCAGAUAGAGCCUGCGCAAUGGAAUAAAGUCCUCAAUAUUGAAAUGUGACAUUGCUCUCAACAUCUCACAUCUCUCUGGAUUUCUUUUUUCUCAUCAUUACUGCUAACAAAUUCAUUUCCAGACUUUGCACUUUUAAGAAGCAAUGGAAAAAAUCAACAGUCUUUCAACACAAUUAGUUAAGUGCUGCUUUUGUGAUUUCUUGAAGGUGAAGAUGCACACUGUGUCCUCCAUUCAUUUCUUCUACCUUGGCCUGUGUUUGCUUACCUUAACCAGUUCGGCUGCUGCUGGCCCAGAAACACUCUGUGGUGCUGAGCUGGUUGAUGCUCUUCAGUUCGUGUGUGGAGACAGAGGCUUUUACUUCA